GUAACUUGCCCAACACUGAUGGCAGAGAUGUCCCGUUUGGUGCGUGGAGGAAGUGGAAACAAGCGUGCCCUAAUCCAGUGUGCCAAGGACAUAGCUAAGGCCUCUGAUGAGGUCACACGGCUGGCUAAGGAGGUGGCUAAGCAGUGUACUGACAAACGUAUCCGGACCAACCUGCUCCAGGUGUGUGAGCGUAUUCCCACCAUCAGCACACAGCUUAAAAUCCUGUCCACAGUCAAGGCCACCAUGUUGGGUCGUACCAAUAUCAGUGACGAGGAGUCCGAACAGGCCACUGAGAUGUUGGUCCACAACGCUCAGAACUUGAUGCAGUCGGUAAAGGAGACGGUUAGAGAGGCUGAGGCAGCUUCUAUUAAGAUCAGAACAGAUGCAGGUUUCACCCUCCACUGGGUCAGAAAGACCCCCUGGUACCAGUAGGAGAUGGGCUCUGUGCUGCUUCUGUCCAGCUGUUCAUUAGGACAUUAAGGGGACAGACUUCAUCAAAGCUAUGAUACCUGGGCAUGUCCUGUCCAAUGACUGCUGUUCUGAUCUAAAGUAAUGAUGGGACUGUUAGUUCUAUGGUCAGUGCGUUUUGGCAAGUGUGUACAAAUAUAUUUGAAGGCUUAUCUUGAUAAAUCCCAGGGUGAUGCAUAUAUAUAGAUCAAAAGUUAGGUUCCAUGCAUUAUAAAGGUGUCUGUUUCUGGCCUGUUCUAGACCCGACUACAUUAAGCUAAAUUUGAUUGACAGCCUGUUGUUGAGAUGUUUUUAUAUCUUUGUACUGAUUAUUUUAUGAUCACUAUCAGUUUUGC